AUGGCAGUCGACGCAGAAGCACAACACUACACCGAUGACGUCCGCGUCCUUGGCUACGACCCUCUGAUCCCACCACAACUCCUCUUCUCCGAGCUCCCAGCACCCGAAAAGUCCCUCCAGACAGUCCGCAAAGGCCGCGCCGAAGCCAUCGAGAUCAUCAAGCAACGCGAUGACCGUCUCUGCGUCAUGGUCGGACCAUGCUCCCUCCACGACCCCCAAGCAGCCGUCGAGUACUGCACCCGCCUUGUCGAACUGGCCGACAAGCUCAAAGAUGACCUCUGCAUCAUUAUGCGCGCCUACCUCGAGAAGCCACGCACGACUGUUGGCUGGAAGGGCCUGAUCAACGAUCCUGACAUCGACGAAAGCUACCAGAUCAACAAGGGGUUGAGAGUGAGCAGGAAGUUGUUUUUGGACUUGACUGCGCAAGGCAUGCCGAUUGCUAGCGAGAUGCUGGAUACCAUCAGUCCUCAGUUCCUCGCGGAUCUGAUUUCGAUGGGAGCCAUUGGUGCGAGGACGACUGAGAGCCAGCUUCACAGAGAGCUGGCAUCCGGUCUGUCCUUCCCAAUGGGCUUCAAGAACGGCACAGAUGGUGGUCUGACAGUCGCUGUGGAUGCCAUUGGCGCUGCAGCUGCGAAGCAUCACUUCAUGGGUGUGACCAAGCAGGGUCUCGCAGCUAUCACGAAGACUGCUGGCAACCCAGACUGCUUCGUCAUUCUGCGUGGUGGUACAAAGGGCACAAACUACGAUGCGGAGAGCGUCAAGGCAGCUCGUGAGGCAUUGAAGAAGAAAAACUUGCCAGAGGUCAUGAUGAUUGAUUGCUCGCAUGGCAACUCCCUCAAGAACCACCGCAACCAGCCGAAGGUCGCAGAGACCAUCGCCGAGCAGCUUCGCGCGGGUGAGACCGGCAUCGUCGCUGUUAUGAUUGAGUCGCACUUGAAGGAGGGCAACCAGAAGGUCCCAGCAACCGGCGGCCUGGCCGCUCUCGAGAAGGGUGUCUCCAUCACCGAUGCAUGUAUUGAUUGGGACACCACCAUCUCGACGCUUGAGAACCUCGCCGAUGCGGUCAGGCAACGACGCUCGAAGAAGUCGGCGAACGGCGUCAAUGGCUCUCACUAG